CACACCUACCUACACACACUCCGGGCUAACUUUUACCAGUUCACCCCAACUUCAAUUCCGGAGAUGAGGGUCCCGGGCCAGGCCGCGAUGACCCGCGGCGGAUGGCUGGACCCGUGUGGGCAGACGGGUGUGAAGCGGGUGGAGAUGGCGCGGGGCCGGGCCGGCUACGGCUUCACGCUGGUGGGCCAGCGGCCGUGCCUGCUGAGCGGCAUCGUGCGCGGGAGCCCCGCCGAGGUGAUCGGACUGCGGCCCGGCGACCGCGUGCUCAGCGUCAACGGCACGGACGUGACGGACGCGCCGCACGAGACCGUGGUCAAGCUCAUCGGCUCGUUCGCCGGCAACCUCAGACUCGUCGUGGACGACGGCGGCGGAGAAGAAGAAGAAGAAGAAGGUGGAUGUUGGGAGGGAGCCGGGGCGGUGCCCCUGCCGUCCCCCUUACUGGCCGACGCCUGGUCCAGCGACGAGGAGCUGGUCGUCCAGAGCGCUGACCGGCGGGGGCUGUGGCUAAAGCCGAACAACGCCAGCGAGAUCGUCAAGGUGCCCGCUCACCAGCCUUGCCACCCUUUCAAAGUGCCAAAGAACAACCUGACCAAAGAGAGGCCGGUUUCGGAGCCCGACUUGUCCUACUUCGCCCGCUGGGGGCUGGUGAAGAGCAACCCGGACCUGCUGUCCGACUUCGAGACGGCCGCGCUCACCAGCAGCGACUCGGUGCUGGCCGAGUCGAUCCAGAGCCUGGACAAUCUCUCGCUGGACAGCCACACGCUGAACGUGGCCAUGGUGGUGGGGUACAUCAACACCUCGCCGCUGGACAUGGCGGCCGCGUCGUCGGCCUCGUCGGCGGCGGCGGCGAGGGGCGAGGUGGUGGACGAGGAAGAGGAGCGGCUCCGCUGCGUCCACCGCUGCAUCACGCAGGUGAGCGUGGAGCAGAGCACGCACUCGGUGGUGAUGAUGCACGUGCUGUGCGACGGCGUGCAGCUGUGCGACGACGCCGGCGCCACCCUGGCGUCCUACCCGGCCGAGCGGCUGGUGCUGGGCGCCCUGUGCCCGGAGGACCCGCGCUUCUUCGGCCUCGUCACCAUCGACAGCUCCGACGGCCCGCCGCCGCGGACGCUCUGCCACGUCUUCUUCGUCGACCCGGAGCUGUACCGCCACGAGGCGCACGACAGCAUCCGGGCGCACUUCGGGUUCCAGUGCACCGCCGACCCGGACUCGGACGCGUCGUCCGGCUGCCUCGAGUUCCCGCAGAGCCCGACCGGCGUGCUGCAGUUCGUGUCGGUGCUGUACCGCGACAUGGGCGACUUCGUGGAGCGCCUGCGCGCCCGCGCCGAGCGGGACGGCGAAGACGACCAGCCCAUCAGCACGCGCCACAGCGGGAGCGGCGACAGCGGGAUCGGCAACGUGUCUCCGGAGGAGACCCGAGGAGGCGGCGGCCACAACGCCCUCCUGUCGGAGCGCUGGAGCCUCUCCAUGGGCCACAUUCCGGAGCACGUGCCGGAACACGUCUGGGGCGACCUCCGACCCCUCACGCCGAGACACAAGCUGAAACAGCACCACAACAACGCCUUCCCGGGUCGCGCCCGGCGAUGUCUCCUCACUGACCCGCUCUCAGGCCCUCCCGCCGCCUUGCCCGACCCGGUCCGGGUGCCUCCUGUCGGGCACGACAAGACCUCGCCCAGGCCUCCACCUCCUCCAUACCCACAGGACAAAGCCAAAACCUGCCACACCUUCAUCACCCCAGCCGUGCCCAACCGGAGGGGCAGCCAGCGAUGGCCCAGCGUGUCGAUACGGGCGCGCUGGCAACGCUCGCGUCCUGGCGACGGAGCUGAGUCUGCCACCGCCACCGCCGCUCGUCCUCCGGCGUCCAAAAGCCGGACCCUGCCCGCGGGCGUGAGUCAGAUCCCCGCGAACAGAUUCGGCGACCCAAACCCAGAUGGACUCCCGCCCCGGGCUGUCACCUUGUACAACGAACCUGUCAAAAAGCUCUUCGGCUGGAACCAGCACAAUGGGCACAGGAACAAAGACGACAGAGAGAAGCUGACAGAUUUGGGGAUCAUCGUCUGGUAUUGA